UAACUUCCUUGUUGAAAGUGCAUGGUCACACUCCGCAAUGUUAAUCCUGUCAAUGUGCGACAAGUACUUUCAUACAAUCUAAGAAGUAGGAAUGACAACACGCGUUUGUCCUCGUUUAAAAUCCAGCAGAUGUAUUUUAUAUCUGUGUGUUGUUUCUGUGUUAUGUGUUCUAAUGUUACUACACCACAACCAUUCUAUAAUCAACAGAAACUCGCUCCUUGGAACGCUUACAGGAAAAAUGUCAUCCUUACCAUACAUAAAUGUUUACAUCAUUGAAGAACAUCACGAAGUGAUUCCGUAUUGGUUUGAGAGUAGUGCUGGAAAUUUAAUAGAGAAGAAGGGACUAACUCUUAUUCACAUCGAUGGACACAGUGAUAUGGGACUGCCUCAGUACUUCAGGAAAUUUCCGUACCUGCGAUGGCCGAAGAAUCGCAAAGAACUCGACUACUACAUGCAGGCUAACGAUCUUUUUAUCUUGUCGGCUGCUAUGUCAGGUAUGUUCAGCAAGGUGGUUUGGGUGUGGCCACGCUGGGAUCGGGAGAACCACGAAAGUGAAACACAUGACAUUGUCCAAAUUAGCAUAGGGUGGCUAAUGGUGGAUACCUCGAUACCCAAAAUGAAGCGCAAGACGUUCUGCCUCUGCUACCAUAGAUGGAAGACCUCCAUCGGUAGCAAAAAGAAAGAAGAUAUCAAUUGUCGGAGAUUGCCGACAUCUUUAGAAAACGAAGAUGACUUCCCUGAAGGUGUAGAAAUUGAUUUCAAAACGUGUAAAUCAGAAACAAAAUUCAUGUUUGAAGAGAUUAGAGAAGAUCUUGCAGCAGACAUUUUCUGGCGGAAUGGAAAUGAAUACAGAGAAAACGGAGUCAUAUUGGACAUCGACGAAGACUUCUUCGGUUGUACGUAUGCUUCCCAGACUCUGCUUGAUGCUGGUAUCACUGAAGAAGAAUUCCGAUCAAUUAAUGAAAUUCUCGGUCGUAUAUUUUGUCCGAAUAAUGCCAAAGAGGAAUUAGUAACGGACAAUAUUCUGACAAAGUUUUUGGACGACAUCAUAUCCUCUCGUUGUUUUGGACAAGACGUAAAGGGAGAUGCUUGCCAGAAAAAAGAGGAUUCCAUUUAUGAGAAGUUCAUACAAACACUUCAUGAAGACAACGAAAAUUUGCUGUGUAGAAAUAUACUGAAGCAAGACUGGAACAAGAAAGAACUUAUGCUGCUUCUACGGAGCAUGAUGGAAAGGAACCUGGCGCAAAUCAUGGCCAUUAAACAUGUCGGAUUUUGUUCCACAACCUCAAAUUUACGGGGUCUGGAGAUGACCAAAUCCUCCGAGUUUAACAUCUGUGUAGGCGCUAAUACCCCAAACAGAUCAUUGGUUAUCGAACACCAUACCAAUUCAUAUGAAAUAAAGCAACGGGCCAAGGUUCUGAAAGAAAUCUUUGAGGCAUUAAAGCCUAAUCUCCAACCCUCCAUGAUUACAUUAUGCAGGUCAUCACGUGAUGGAUAUGUUCCCAGAGAACUGCAGAACCAGAUAGAGGGAAAUAUAAUAGAAAGUUUGAAAUCACUAUCGCCAACAAAAUUGAACUACGAUACUGAAUUGUUGGGUGGGAAAGACGGAUGGUUAAAAUCAAGAGGAUUUUAGCAUGCACCAUAGGUGUUCAAACAUGUACAGUCGUAAUGUCAUUUAGUCAUCGAAAUGUUCCCCGUAUAUAUCAUGAAACAUUUCAAUUUUAUUACAUGGCUUCAAAAUAAAACCAUUUUAAAAA